GAGUAACAGCCGUGUUAGUCUGUAUCCGCAAAAAGAAAAGGAGGCCUUGUGGCACCUUAGAGACUAACCAAUUUAUUUGAGCGUAAGCUUUCCUGAGCUACAGCUCACUUCAUCGGAUGCAUCAUAAGAGUAAAGCAUUCUAGUGCUUUGGUUACCAAGGAGAUGAGACUUUUUGUUAUGGAUGGAUACCUUUCUCUUGUAGUAUUUUCCUGUUACAUUCUUUCUACACAUGCCCUUCCUCUGAACAUCACUAAGGGGCAGAGUUAAGGUUGAUUAAACACCUAAUUCUUUUCAAUGGAAACAAAACCAGUUAUCAGAAGAUAUGAAACAAGGAGGAACACAAGAAUAGAAGAACCAGCAUCCAAAUCUCGGGUUGAUUGGAGGCGGACUAAAAGAGAGACCAUAUUGCUUGAUAGUGAUGAUGAACUCACAUCUGCUUCAGAAGACGAACGACUCUCAUCUACAUCAGAAGAUGAAGUGGCUGAAAAACAAGAAACUGUAGUUAAGGGGUAUAAUCUUUCAGAUCAUGAGGAGAAAAGCCAUGAUGACACAGUCGUAGAGGAUGUGGAGGAUGAAUGCAUCACUCCAGGAAAGCGUAAGAGGUCGAGCACAUCUGUGAUGUAUGACAGUGACAGGAGUGAUGACAGUGACAUCCCUGUUAGAAAAGUAUUUGCUAAACGUUAUUGCAUAAUGGAUGAAGAUGAGUGUUCUCAAGAACAGGAACAUCAUAAAACCGCUACCACAGAAGAAGACUUGACUAAUGGGAAGCAGAAGCGACUAAUGAAACUGAAAGAACUCGCAAGACAAAGAUCUACCCGGGCAUCCAGUAAUAGCAAAUAUUGUGGGGAUUCUGAUGAUGAUGAUGAUGUGGAAAUAAUAGAAGAAUCAUCCUAUCAUUUACCCCUCACACCAACAGAAAGCAGUGACAUUGAUGAUGACGAUGAUAGUAUGAAAGACUUUAUAGUUGAGGAUGAGGAAGAAUGUGCAGAACAUGCUGAGGAUGAAAACCAACCACAAGGGAAAGAACUGGCUACAUCAAAAUUCCAGUUACUGGAAUAUUACGUUCCACGCUUCUCUCGCUGUGACCAUUAUGUCCACUUCCAAAGAGUUGUAAAAGCUUUCCUCAUAAACACAAUUGAUGACACUUUUUUGAUCUCAUUGUAUGAUGGAACAAGGCAAAAGAGAUACGCACAAGAAAUUCUAACCUCACUCCAUUAUUUGGAUGAUCGCUUUAUUCAACCUCGUCUUGAAAACUUAAUCUCUAGAAGUCGCUGGAAAGAACGAUAUAAGGAGCGAGUGGAUUGUUACCCUGACGUCCGCAUAGUAAUGAAGACUCCAAUAAAUAGAUCCUGUCAAGCUUGUGAACUGCAUCGGUACUGUAAAUUUGACGUGGUGUUGUCCGGAAAGCUGUACAACUAUAGAACUUUGGAAACAGAUGACUUUAUGUUGCAUGACAAACAGGUUUUGAAGGUUGGCAGCGUGUGUGCAAAUCGUACAAGGGUUUAUCAUAAUCUGAAACAUUUUAAAUACAAGUUGUAUCAGCGCUGCUGCUCGGUUACAGGGGUGGAGGGCAUUCAGGAUGAGCCAGUCAAAGACACAGUCGACAGGCUUUUCAGCCAAUUGGAAGAGAAUGGCUGGAUUCAGGAGAGAUAUGAUCAUCUGGAAGAAUAUAUGAAUGAUGCAGAUUACUUCCAAGAAGAGAAAAUGGACUGAGUGGUCAUGCAUCUCUUUGAAAGAAGCUUUAUAAAAAUCUCUAACUAUGAUAUCCACCUGUCCACAAAAAAAUCUCCAAAUGCUUUUCAGGAUGUUUUCUUACGCUGCAUUGUAUUUAAGUCUGUAGCUGUGCCUGUAAAUUGCCAUAUAUAUGAAAAGAAAAACAGCAUAUUCUUUUAUACCCCUUAAUUUUAAAUGUAAAAAUAGUGAUUUAAAGAUGUUUUAUGAAGUAAACAGCCUUCUGUUAUGCAUAGGUCACUUGAACUUUCCUUUGUGGUUAAAAAGACUAGCAUCCAAGUCCCUAUGUAUUCAUGAAAUAAUACUUCUGUGUAUUGAUGACCAGCUCCAUGGCAGAGUACUUGAGAGAUGGUAAGCCCCAAUUAACCCUUUUUGGGGUAGGAAUACUUUAAUAGACAGUAUAAAUUUUGUCCCAUCACAUCCCUGUAAACUUGAAAUAUGAGCAGUAACCAGUUAGCAUGCUAAUAGUGAGGCUGAAACAUAACUAGACACAUUCAUUGUUAAUCCAGUGUCAAAACCACCUUCACUUCCCAUCUCUGGAGACCUAGAAUACUGCAAUUUGCAUCUAGCUAUAGCGGCUGAUGUGAAAGUGGCUAUAUGUAGUAUAGACGGCACAAUAGCUACUACCAUGUACAGAAAGAUAGGUGGAUAAUUCCUGUAAAACUAACUAAUAACAAGUAAUCGCCUGGCUAACAGGUGGGAAGGUGUGCAAAACCUUGUUUGUAUUAGGUCUACUAACGUGUGUGGUAGGGUGUAGUUCCUCUCUGGGACAUGUAAAACCCUAACCUAACUUUCUUCUGGCUCUUCAGAGAUAUAAGAAGAGUUAAGUGAUGUGGUGCACAUUAACCCCUUGGCCCACUUGCUGCACAUAAAAGAAAGCAGGCAGUGGCAGUGCAAAGAGACUAGUGACUAGAGGAAAGGUAAAUGCUACUCUUUUUUGAUUGAGUUGUGGAAGAGGAUAACUACUUCAAACUGUUCUUACCUCCUGGGAAAGUAAAAGACAUUUUUUGUUGUUGAGCCAUUUGUUUAUACCCUAUGCAGGAACGGAUACUCAAGUGAAUGUUGUUCUUGGGGUGUAGUCUGAUCAUACCUAUGAAGAGAACCUACACUCUAACGGUGCUAUAUAUUCGGUAUUCUAAUACUGCUGUAGUCAUACAUGCUUGUCACCCUGGGAAUGGUGGUUUUAUGGCUGAGCAUGUUGCAAGGAUGGUCUGAGGUUAAAAUUAUUUUUUGUAACUCAACACUGUAAAAUUAAUCCAUAUUUAAGUACGUGAUCUACUCACAGGCAGUAUCCCAGCAUUGAUACAUUUCAAUACAUAGGUCCCAGUAUGUCUUCAUGCCACUAACUGCGUAUUGUCAGAAUAAAAUAUGUAUGCCAAAUAUGUCGCUGCAGUAAUCACCCUCCAGAAUACCUCUGGUAGAUACCCAAUUGCCCUGCUUUCCCAUGCUAGCACUUGUAUAUGAUCCCAUAAGGCGUUUGGCAAAUGUAUGAGUUAACUAUGCUUUCUGCAGUGAUGACUUGCUUCCCUCCCCCCUUUUUUUCAUUGCUGUUUGGGGCCUGAUGCAAAGCCUGUCAGAGUCAAGGGACAGACACCUAUAUUCUUCAGUGGAUUUUGGAUCAGGCUCUUGAGGAAAAUCCUACUAGACUUGGCCCUGAUCACAUCACUUUUUAGGAAGACCAGGCCUCUUGUACAGGGCACCAGAAGAAGAACAAGCUGUGUGCCAUGUUACACACAACCUUGUCAAAUGCACACCAUGCACCAGUUAUGAUUGUGCCCUAGGUUUUCAUAGUUAACACUUUGAGGGUGAAAUUAUUACAGUACCACUUUGUUACAUACUACUUUUCCUUCCGUGCAACUUUUUUUUUUGUUGACAUUUCUAAUAGGCUUCAUCUUUGCAGAUGAAUACAGUUCUGCUACAAGACGUCUGUAUGUUUAACCUCCUUUGCAAAAGUGGGCAGCAAUAACUGAUUUUUCCACCGCAUAUUUUGUUAGCAGUCAAGAGGUUUUCUUAUCUCUCUAACAUUUACCAUGCUUAAGUUUACACUGCUCAUGUGUAAAAGCCUUGAGCACAUCAUUGUUAAGAAGAACAACUGUGGAAAGCGGCUUUGAAACAGAUGUAGUUUUGUACUGCGUAAUGGAAGAUAUCUCCUGCCACCUAUUCAGUUAAACUACACUGACAAAAUAGGGGAUGCAUUUUAAUAAAAAUGAAUGUGCUUUGUACCUUU